AUGGAUAAUGAAAUCACUAUCCUGGGAAGAAAGGGCAUACGUGUUGAUGGAAGAUUUCUUUCGAACCUUCGUUUCGCGGACGACAUCGUUCUCUUUUCGAGCAGUACCAAUGAAGCAGAAACGAUGCUCAACGAAUUGAACGAAGCAGGGAAGAGAAUAGGACUACGAAUAAACAGAAAGAAGACACAGUUCAUGAAGAACGCGCACUGCGAGGACGGAGGAGUACAACUUGAAGGCUCCCAAAUCGUGGAAACUCCGUCAUACGUAUACCUUGGACGUUCUAUGAACAUGGAAAACGACUUGAAGGAAGAACUGAAUAGAAGAAUGAGAGCAGCAUGGGCAGCAUUCGCAGCCGUCAGGGAAGCUACGGACCAACUGACGGACCAUGAUCUUCGUGCCCAUCUGUUCGACUCGACAGUCCUUCCAGCGCUCUGUUACGCAGCGGAGACGUGGGCAGACACCGCAGCCACGUCUAGGAAGCUACUUACUACCCACAGAGCCCUUGAGAGAUGUCUCCUGAAGUUUAACCGGCGCACACAACACCAUGCCGGUCUUCGUAGCUCUGACUUAAGAGGAAUGUCCCGUCUUCGCGACCCAGCGGAAUAUGUAUCGAAAGCAAAACAUAGAUGGGCCGGUCACAUCAUGAGAAGAAUCGACGAUAGAUGGACUAAAAGAACGCUAGAGUGGAUCCCAAGGGACGCUAAACGCCCCCGAGGGAGACCGCCAACGAGAUGGAGUGACGUGUUCGCUGCACGGAUGGACCAGCUGAGAGCUCAGCUGGAUACGGCUCAAGGACCUCGUCAUCGUCACUCACGAAGCUUGAGAACAUCUUGGAUGACAAUGGCGAGGGAACGAAACGAGUGGAAGAGAUGCUGGGGCCCGCACGUCGAGUGA